AUGAAUUUAUUCACUCCAUUUACAUUAGGAUCAAUUAAAUGUUAAAAUCGUAUAGGUAUGGCAGCCAUGAGUAGAUAACGAUGUGAUAACAAAGAAAUGAUUCCUACAUAAAUGAUGAAGUAAUAUUAUAUGUAAAGAUGCACGGCAGGAUUUAUAAUUACUGAAGGUUUGCCAUUGAGUUUAGAUUCAAUAGCUUAAGAUGGAUCAUCUGCUAUAUUCAAUAUUAAUUAAGCAUAAGCUUGGAGUGAAAUAGUAGAAGCAUUGCAUUAAAAAGGUUGUAAAAUAAUAGCAUAAUUAUGGCAUUGUGGUAGAGUAACAAAUUAGAUUAAAACACCAUUGGCACCAUCAGCUAUAAAAAUAAGGAAUAGUAAGUAUAAUGAACCUAAAGAAAUGAGUAUUGAUGAAAUAUAAGAGGUAGUAAAAUAAUAUUUGGAAUGUUCUAAAUUAAUUAAAUACGCAGGUUUUGAUGGAAUAGAAAUAUAAGCAAGUAGUGGAUACUUAUUAGAUUCUUUUCUUAAAGGUUCUGCAAAUAAGAGAACAGAUGAAUAUGGUGGUUGUGUUGAGAAUAGAUGUCGUAUAGUGUUAGAGAUAAUUGAUAAAUUGGGGUCAGUAUUUGAUAUAUAAAGAAUUGGAAUAAAAAUAUCACCUAUAACUAGAUAGUACGAUUCAUAUGACCCAAAUCCAAAAGAAUUGUAUAAAUAUUUGUUAGAGUAAUUGAAUUAAAGAAAGGUUGGAUUCAUUGAGAUUAGAGAUGAUGAUUAUCCUGAGAAUUGGUUAGAUUUUGGCUAUCCAUCAUCUAAAUCUGAUAUUGAAAAUGUUUUUGAAUUUUGUAGACCUUUAUUUAAAGGUUAGAUCAUAGGUAAUGGAAAGGUGACACCUGAGAGGGGAGAAGAAUUAAUAAAGAAAUAAUAUUGUGAUGCUAUAACCUUUGGUAGAUUAUUUACAUCAAGUAUUUAGUAUAUGUUUAAAAGAUUAGAUCCAGAUUUGGUAGAGAAGAUAAAAAAUGGUGAGAAAUUGAAUGAAGUUGAUACAUCUACUUUACUUAGUUAAGGUCCUAAAGGAUAUAUAUGUUGA